CAUUUCGUCGUUUGCUCGUUUGUUGAUGUGUUGAUAUUACAAUGUUUGGCGCUAAUAUAGUAAUCGUGAAAUAAAUUGUGAAGUUUUCUGUUUACCAAAGUGAAAUCUUCGGAAAUAAAAAUGCCUGCUUUUCUAAAGUAUAUUGACAUGGAAAACUUCAAGUCCUAUCGUGGCCAUCACCGGAUAGGGCCGCUGAAGUCUUUCACCGCUGUCGUCGGCCCCAAUGGCUCAGGAAAGUCAAAUUUCAUGGACGCCGUAAGUUUUGUAAUGGGAGAGAAAACUUCAUUGCUACGCGUGAAACGUCUCAGCGAUUUGAUUCACGGAGCUUCGAUAAAUAAACCAGUGUCCCGCAGUGCAUCAGUGACAGCCACAUUUGUUCUGGAGGACAUGACAGAGAAGCAGUUCCAGAGAUCAGUCAUUGGACAGUCAUCGGAACACAAAAUCGAUGGUCAGUCGGUGUCGAUCAGCAGUUACCUAGUGGAGCUGGAGAAGCUCGGCAUCAACGUCAAGGCGAAGAACUUCCUCGUGUUCCAGGGCGCGGUGGAGAGCAUCGCAAUGAAGAACCCGAAGGAGAGGACCGCGCUGUUCGAAGAGAUCAGUGGAUCUGGCGUCCUGAAGGAGCAGUACGAGGCAUGUCGCGCGGAGGUGAACAGGGCCGAUGAGGAGGCUCAGUUCUCUUACCAGAAGAAGAAGGGCGUGGCCGCUGAACGCAAGGAGGCCAAGUUUGAGAAGGAGGAGGCGGAGAAGUACACGAGGCUUAAAGAUGAACUGCAAGACCAAAAGGUGGAACUGCAGCUGUUCCACUUGUACCACAACGAGAAGGAGAUCCAGAAUUUAGAAGAGGACCUGCAACACAAGCAGUCGGAGUUGGCCAAGGUGGAGAAGAAGCGGCAGAAGGCGGACGACGCGCUGAAAGAGAAGAAGAAGGAGGCGGGCACGGUGCAGCGGGAGCUGGCCAAGAUCGAGCAGGAGAUCAGGGAAGUGGAAGCGGAGAUCUCCAAGAAGCGUCCAACGUUCAUCAAGGCAAAAGAACGUGUGACCCACUCGCAGAAGAAGCUGGAAAGUGCUGUGAAGACCCUGGAACAAGCCCGGAAAGCCCACGAGGCCCACCAGGCCGAUAUACACAAGCUGGAGGAGGAGUUGAGGCUGAUUGAGGAACAGAAGGCCGAGUGGGAGGCCUCGGUGGGCACCGGCCACACCGGACGAGCUGAUGUACAUCUUGAAGAGGCUCAAAUCCGGGAAUACGAGGAGCUGAAGAUGGAGGCGUCCCGGCAGGCGGCGCGCUACCUGCAGGAGCUGGACUCCGUGAACCGCGAGCAGAAGGCGGACCAGGACCGCCUGGACAACGAGCUGCGCCGGAAGGCCGAGUUCGAGAACAAGCACCGGCAGAAGGGUCACGAAAGAAAUGAGGCUAUGAAGCGUGUGGAGAAACUGAAUGAGCACAUUAAGAGUUCCGAGCAGGCACUCGAGGAGCAGAGAAGACUCAGGGCUGAAUUACAGGCGGACGUGGGGGAAUGCCGCGGGCGAGCUGCCGAGCUGCAGGCGCAGCUGGAGGAAGUGGCCUCCCAGCUGGGGGACGCCCGGGUGGACAAGCACGAGGAGGCGCGCCGCCGCAAGAAGCAGGAGAUCGUGGAGAGCUUCAAGCGCGACAUCCCGGGCGUGUACGACCGCAUGAUCAACAUGUGCCAGCCGACGCACAAGCGUUACAACGUCGCCAUCACCAAGGUCCUGGGGAAGUACAUGGAGGCCAUCGUGGUGGACACGGAGAAGACCGCCCGCCGGUGCAUUCAGGUGCUCAAGGAACGGAUGUUGGAGCCGGAGACCUUUCUACCGCUGGACUACAUCCAGGCGAAGCCACUCAGGGAACGACUCAGAGAUAUACGCGAGCCGAAAAACGUGAAGCUGCUAUUCGACGUGCUUCGCUUCGAGCCGGCAGCCAUUCACCGUGCGGUUCUGUUCGUCACCAACAACGCGCUGGUCUGCGAGACGCCCGAGGACGCCUCCAGGGUGGCCUAUGACCUUGACAGAACGAAGAACAGCCGUUAUGAUGCUCUGGCCCUGGACGGCACCUUCUACCAGAAAUCUGGCAUCAUCUCAGGCGGCUCCCUGGACUUGGCGCGCAAAGCCAAGCGGUGGGAUGAGAAGCAUCUGUCACAGCUCAAGGCUAAGAAGGAGAAACUGACGGAGGAGCUGCGGGAGUCGAUGAAGAAGUCCCGCAAGGAGUCGGAGCUGACGACGGUGGACUCGCAGAUCCGCGGCCUGGAGUCGCGCCUCAAGUACGCCGUCUCCGACCGCGACACCACGCUGAAGCAAAUAAAGGCAUUGGACGCUGAGCUGGCGGAGUUGGAGCGCAAAAUGGACAAUUUCGGGCCUCAAAUAGAAGAGAUCGAGCGUACGAUCCGCGCCAGGGACUCCAAGAUCCAGGAGGUGAAGGAGAACAUGAACAACGUGGAGGACGUGGUGUUCCGCGGCUUCUGCCGGGACAUCGGCGUCGCCAACAUACGUCAGUACGAGGAGCGUGAACUCCGCGCGCAACAGGAGCGUGCUAAGCGUCGCAUGGAGUUCGACGCUCAGAUCGACCGCAUCGCGUCUAACCUCGAGUUUGAACGCUCUAAGGACACGCAAAAGAACGUGACCCGGUGGGAGAGGACGGUGCAGGACGUGGAGGACGAGCUGGAGGCGGGCCGGCAGGCCGAGGCCAAGCAGCGGCAGGACAUAGACCGGGAGCUGCGCCGCGCGGACUCGCUCAAGGCGGACCGCGCCGCCGGCAAGGCGCGCCUCGACCACGCCGAGGAGGACGCCAACAAGGCGCGCAAGGAGGUGUCCACCGUCCAGAAAGACAUGCAGUCCAUUCAGAAACAGAUCUCCAGCAUCGAGUCCAAGAUCGAGAGCAAGCGCAGCGAGCGGCACAACAUCCUCAGGCAGUGCAAGAUCGACGACAUCAACAUCCCGCUGCUGGAAGGCAGCCUGGAGGACGCGUCGGAGGAGUCCGCCUCCGCCCCCGCCUCCGCCUCCGCCUCGCUGUCCUCCUCGGCGCUGGCCGCGCGCGCCGCCCGCCUCCUCGUGGACUACUCGCAGCUGCCGUCCAGCCUCAAGGAUCUGGACGAGCCGGACGAGGUGAAGCGUAAAGCGGACAAGCUGCAGAAAGCCAUCAACACGCUGCAGGCCACGGUGGACAAGAUACAGGCGCCCAACAUGAGGGCGAUGCAGAAGCUGAAUGAGGUGCGAGAGAAGGUGAACGCCACCAACGAGGCGUUCGUGGCGGCGCGCAAGCGGGCGCACAAGGCCAAGCUCGCCUUCGAGAGGGUGAAGAAAGAGCGCCACGACAAGUUCAUUGACUGUUUCGACCACGUCGCCAACGAGAUCGAUGCUAUUUACAAGGCGUUGGCCAUGAACCAGUCUGCGCAGGCGUUCCUCGGCCCGGAGAACCCCGAGGAGCCCUACCUGGACGGCAUCAACUACAACUGCGUGGCGCCCGGCAAGCGCUUCCAGCCCAUGUCCAACCUCUCCGGGGGGGAGAAGACCGUCGCUGCUUUAGCGUUACUCUUCGCCAUUCACAGCUACCAACCCGCCCCGUUCUUCCUGCUGGACGAGAUCGACGCGGCGCUGGACAACACUAACAUAGGGAAGGUGGCGUCCUACAUCCGCAGCAAGAAGGGCUCGCUGCAGACCAUCGUCAUCUCGCUGAAGGAGGAGUUCUACGGCUGCGCUGACGCCCUCAUCGGCAUCUGUUCUGAGCCCGCGGAUUGCCUCGUGAGUGACGUCAUCACCCUCAGCCUUGAGAAGUACGACGACUAGAAUAGGACCUGAUAAUUUUAUAUGACAUUUUAUAAUUCCAUCUUUUUACAUGAAUUUCCAUAAUUUUGUUAAGUUUAUGUCGAAUACACUUAAUUUGUAAGGA